GUUGUGACGUACCGUCAGGUGCUUGUGCGCAGUAGCGCACAAACAAGUCUUCCACAAAUGAGGUACUUGCAGCACGACCUUGCACGUGAUCAUCUAAUGACCACGUGGUUUUAUUGAUAGGAAAUGACGUGGCAGACAAAGGAAGAUAACGCAAGAGUAUUGAAAAUUACCAUUUUAGCGCGAGGAAAUACGCCCUUUUCGGUGGGCGGUCUACUUGCUCUUGCCGCGCACUGUUCGUGCCUGACCCACAAGACCAUUUCCUAUGCGUCGCUCUGUUGUACCGGUACAUAAUCUACGCCUUAUCAUCAUCAUCUUGCGCCUUUGUCCUUGACCUUUGGCACGCUUCGGCCAUAAUUUAUGCUUCGGCUACGGCGUUGACACGUCUUGCGUGCGAUUGGAACGCUUGGAAAGGCCUUCGGAUCGCACAUCUUUUAUCGUUCCAAAGGUAUUUGUCCAGGAGCGAUGUCUGUUAAAAGCACAAAAUGUGUGCGUAAGCUCGAGAGGCCACGUCCUCUGCGUUCAACAGAUACUCCAGGGUUCGAUCCGGACAAGUCUUUGACGCCUCUGCUUAGUCCUGCCGAGGACACGACCUCGCUGAUUGACGGUGUAACUUGCGCCUCAACCGACGAACUCUUGUUGCUUAGUCAGGUGGAAUCACUCUGUGCGUCCAUUGGCAAUGGAAACCGCGGCGCUACCGUGUCUCAGAUAUGCAGCCUUCUGAAAGCCAAGGGCGCUACCAUGGAAUCCGGUUUCAAAGACCAGUUGGACAGACACUUCGUCACCCUGCGCAACGCCGCCCGUGACGAUGGACUCGACUCCGUCGGCCGCUUGAGGCUCCUCGAAGUGGUUGAACUGCGUGCCAUGGGCUGGCAGAGCGACAAGAGCGAUGCGGGGUAUUACGCCCGCAAAUUCGAAGAGCUCGGGUUUGAGUCCACCGCGCUCGACGACGCUACUGCAAUGGAACUGUCCCGCGCGUUCGAGCAGAGGCACCAUCAGGAGCAGCGUCCACAAACGGAAACUAUCAAGGCGGAAACCAAGCCUGCGGCGCCGCCGAUCUUGCCUUGGACCUCUCAAGAGAUCAAGAAUCCCGAAAAUUCUGCCAACCCACAGAGUGUCUCAUGUCAAGGCCCUCUAAAAGGUGAGAUUAGUUUUCAAAACCAUAACAUCUGGAAAGAGAGCCCUAAUCUGCAAGACACACAAACGCACAGGAGGUUAGACAGCUCCGAUAAUGAAGGGGUGGUUCAAAAUGCUAAUGCAAGUACACAAGGCCAACAGAGUGAAGGUGUUGUGGGAAUGGCUAAAAAAGUAAUUUCUGAAAAUAUCGCUCGGUACAGUGGGCCUCCAAUGCAGAAUGGAAAGUGGGCCAAUGGGACAACCACUGACUAUCUAGAUAUGUAUCUGAAGACUCCUGCUGUGGCUGAUAGUGACGCUGAGGCAUGUGUAAGGACUGUCACUGUUGGCAAGGAUGUUGUCCAGAUCAGUGGAACCAACUCCACUAUUGUGAAUAUGUCCACUUUAGUACUACGAAGCUUCUUUUCCGAUGAAACAGCAGACUCAUCUUACCUUGCGAACCCAAAUUUGUCUUGCGUGCCCUCUGGGUCAGGUGAGCCAUCCAAGAAGCCUACGGUGCCAGGGCUGCACACAAAUGCAAUGCAUGCUCUGCAGCAUUCUCUUGGACACAGUAGUUUUCAGAAGAGCCAGGUGGACAGCUCACAUGGUGAAGCUUACAAAAAAGAUGAACUCAGACUUGUGAAAGAAGCUGCAGCUUGGCCACUGAGGGACACCUUGCAGUCUGCCAAUGCAACAAAGGCACAAUCUGGACAAGGCAGUUUUGAGAGAUUUGGAAAUGCCAGUGGACCUUCUGAGAAUAAGCGAUUCAAGGGACUUGAAAGCCUUGUAGAAUUCAACGGUACUUGUAAUCAGCGCAUGCUUCCGACUGGCUUCAAAGAUUGGGGCAGUAAUGACAAACCUGACCAAACAAAGCAAUUCGAUGGGCUCGGAAGCUCAAUGCAGUUUUCAAGAAGCAUUGACAACAGUCAUGUGCUUUCGACUGGCUCCAAGACGUUGGGCAAUACCAGUGUACCUGGCCAGCCCGAUCAGUUCAAGCGCUUUUGGAAUUCGUCACAGUUUUCAAGCAAGGAUGACGGCCAACUACUCUCAGCUGGCUCCACUGCAUCGGGUAGUAGCGGGCCACACAGCUUAACAGGACAGCUCGAGAGACUUGUAAGCUCAACGCAGUUUUCAAGCAACACUGAAAACCAAAAGUUGGAAGCUUCUGGUGACUUUAAUGCAUUGGGCAAUGACAGAAGUGACCAAAGCAAGCAAUUUCUUAGUUCAGGAAGCUCAACACAGUUUCUUAGCUGUUUUGAUAAGCAAAUCUUUCCACCCAUGUCAUUGGGCACUACCAAUGCACUUGACCAGCCUAACCAGUUCAAGGGUCUUGGAAGACAAGCACUAUUUUCAAGCAAGGCUGACACUGACAAUAAUCAGCAGCCACUUGCAACUACCUUUACCAUAUCAGGUGGUACUAGUGGUCAGAGCCAGACCAAGUAUUUUGAGGGACUUGGAGCAUCAGUAGAGUUUUCAAGCAACACUGGAAAUCAGAAGGUGCCAUCAGGUAACAUAAAGCCAUUAGGCUACACAGAUGGCCCCAGCCAGGCUAAGGAAUUUGAAAGGCUUGGAGCAUCAGUACAGUUUCCAAGCAAUCCUGAAAACCAGAAGGUGCUUUCAGGUAACGUGAAUCCAUUAGGCUACACAGAUCAUUCUAGCCAGGCUGAGCAGUUUGAGAGGCUUGGAACCCGAAUAGAGUUACCGAGCAACACUGAAAAUAAGAAGGGGCCUUCAGGUAGCAUGAAGCCAUUAGGCUACACAGAUGGUCUCAGCCAGACUAAGCAGUUUGAGAGGCUUGGAAGUGCAGCACUGUUUUCAAGCAAUCCUGAUGAGCACACGCUCUCAGCUACCUUCAAGACAUUGAGUGUUAAUGGCUCAACGGCUGGGAAAAGGCAGCUCAAAGGACUGGCAAGUUCCCAAGAGUUCGAAAGAAGUGCCGAUGACCAGCAAGCGCUCCCAUCGUCAACUUUGUCAGUGGCUGCUAGUCCACCUUGCAGCACUCUCACAGGCUUCAAGACGUACACUAGAGAGUUCCUCCUGCGGUGUUCCGAGUCAUCAUUGGCCACUCAAGAACCACUAGACUUUCCACUGCUGGAUCCUGAGGUGGAGAGUGCAAUGGUGAGGAAGGUGCACCACAAAGUGAACAGUGAAGCUUAAGCCAACAACCCAUUCAUCCAUGUCCAAGCUUAUUGCCCAAUGCCAGAGUGAAUAGAUGUAAGAAAAAAAAAAAAAUGCUUGAGCACUGUUUCUUUGCUGCUGCGAUUGUUCAAUAGUUCUGCAGCGGCAACAUUUGUUCGCUACAACUGGCAUGACCGCUGUACACAGGAUCUGCAUUUUGAUUUUGUUUAGUUCACCAAUUUAAACUUUUGUGAUAAGAGUGACUUGAUAGUUUCUAAAUGAAUUUGGAUGUAGUAUUAGCCUGCCUGGUUAAGUUGCUCACAAGAGGUUAGUUUUUGCAGGCAGUGUUGUAGAGUGCAGGAGGCUGCAGCAACCUUGCAUAGCCUGUUUAUUUACUCAAAUUUUGCACCUUCAUUGCAAACUUUCUAAUUUCAUUAGAAAAACUGAAGUGUGGACACAGAGUGAACAGUUCACUUGCUAUAUUACAAACACGUUUCUGUUUGGUAUUUUUGCCCAGUAACUUGUAAUCCAGUCCUUUGUGACAUUUUCGAUCUUGUUUGCCUGCACAAGUUUAUUUCAUAAAGGUAGUGUGACAUACGGUCUCGCCCACACAAGUUCUUGAAAUUAUCAGGCGGCCUGAACUUGUACGAACAUUUAGGCAUGAGGUCGUCCUUAGAAGCAGGAAGAGCAACCCAAAAGUUAACUGCUUAAUGCGAGUGUCGCACUGCCUGCCAGCAUUACAAUUAGCUAGGGUGAUGAAAUGGAAUCAACAGUCGAAUUAAUUGUGCGGACGCAUUGCACCUCAAAUGGCGUUAAGUUUUAAUGAGAUUAAGUAUGUCGAUGUGGCAUCACAUGAAUGACAUUGAACUUUAAUAAAGGCAUUAAGCAUUUAGUUA